AUGGGCCGGGCCAGUCUCUCGACCCAGCUCCCUGGAGAAGCGGCCGGAUCCCUGGAGAGGCUGCUUGGUAGAUGCCUUUGCCCCUGACUUCCAGGCAUGAGGUGGUUCCUGCCUUGGACGCUGGCAGCAGUGACAGCAGCAGCCGCGGGCAGCGUCCCGGCCACGGCCUUCUCUCCAGGCUCCACGGCCAUGGCUUUCACCCCAGUGCCACUGGAGGACACAGCUUCACGCCCCCAAUUCUGCAAGUGGCCGUGUGAGUGCCCACCGUCACCCCCCCGCUGCCCGCUGGGGGUCAGCCUCAUCACAGAUGGUUGUGAAUGCUGUAAAAUGUGUGCUCAGCAGCUCGGGGACAACUGCACAGAGGCAGCCAUCUGUGACCCCCACCGGGGCCUCUACUGCGAUUACAGUGGGGACCGCCCGAGGUACGCAAUAGGAGUGUGUGCACAGGUGGUCGGCGUGGGCUGCGUCCUGGAUGGGGUGCGCUACACCAAUGGCCAGUCCUUCCAGCCCAACUGCAAGUACAACUGCACGUGUGUGGAUGGCGCAGUGGGCUGCACACCCCUGUGCCUGCGCGCGCGCCCCCCGCGCCUCUGGUGCCAUCGUCCCCGGAGGGUCAGCAUCCCUGGUCGUUGCUGCCAGCAGUGGGUAUGCGACCACGAUGCCAGGAGGCCGCGCAAGACAGCACAGCGCCACACCGGUGCUCUAGCAGCCACGGGUGAGAUGGAGUCGUGGCACAGGAACUGCCUCACCUACACGAGCCCUUGGAGCCCCUGCUCUACCACCUGCGGCCUGGGGGUCUCCAGCCGCAUCUCCAAUGUCAACAGCCACUGCUGGCCUGAGCAAGAGAGCCGCCUGUGCAGCCUGCGGCCCUGUGACGUGGACAUCCGUCCACACAUCAAGGAAGGGAAGAAGUGUUUGGCCGUGUACCAGCCAGAGGCACCCAUGAACUUCAACCUCGCCGGGUGCAUCAGCACACGCUCCUACCGGCCGAAGUACUGUGGGGUCUGCACGGACAGCAGGUGCUGCAUCCCCUACAAGUCCAAGACCAUCCAUGUCUCCUUCCAAUGUCCCGAUGGGCCCGGCUUCUCCCGCCAGGUCCUAUGGAUUAAUGCUUGCUUCUGCAACCUGAGUUGUAGGAAUCCCAACGAUAUCUUUGCUGACUUAGAGUCCUACCCUGACUUCUCAGAAAUUGCCAAUUAGGCAGACACAAAACACAGGGCUCGGGGCCUGGCCCAGCGAUUGCAAACCAGCCAGCCCUCUGAGGCCCACACUUGAGCCUUCUUCAUCCACUUCUCACUGACUUCUAACUAUCCUGGUCCAGAUCCUUGGCCCCCUGUCCUGCCUCCAUCUACCCGAAUAUCCCAUGCGGCAUACACUCCAGACAAAGUGCCCAUCUCCAAAGAUUCUGACAAAACCCAAGCCUGUCCAAUUCACCGCAAGUCUUGCCGGAUCUCGCCGGAGUCCCGAGGAACAGCAUCAGCUAGGCACUUAAUAUCACUCAUUUCUGUUCUCGAUCACGAGCCAUGAGACUCUUUGGGUCUAUUCAGAAGGACAGAUGGGAUGUAGGACCCUGGACCAGUCUAUCAUCUGAGUCCUGCCAAGGGGCACCCUAACAGACAGUUCUGACCAUAGCCCACCCACGGAGCUUGGAUUCCGAAGAUCUGUGCACCCUAAAGUCACCAAAUAUUUGCCAAGUGUUUGGUUGUUUGGUUUUGAAAUUUAAUGGAAAAUUGUGUUCAUUAACCUAGGCUUUGUGGAGAUUAAGUCUGUCUUCAUCCCUGCCCAGUAAAGGGUAAAAAUUGGAUUCAUUUUGGUUAGAAAUGC